ACAACAGCUAUGUCCUCUUCUCCAUCGUCGUUCCCUCCUGACGGAUGAAUUUCUGCGAGCCUCCAUCCCUAGAGGGGGUAGCUCUGUAAAAUUGGCAGGAGACGUCUGGAAGAAAGCAAGUCCCCCAGCGAUUUCAGCACCUAGGCAGAAACGGCUGGGCUUUCCCACUGCCAGCCCCGGGGUGGCUGGCACCCAGAGGCCUGGACUAAACGAGCCUUCAGGAUAAUUCCUUCAGCAGCACCGCUGUAACAGAGUGUGACGAAGACACAGUCUCCCUACAUGAAGAUCAGACUGAUUGCUCCAGUCUCAGAGAUGAAGACAAUAAAGAAAAUUACCCCGAAGCCGGGGCUCUCCUAGAGGAGCCCACACCACCCUCUCGGGAGCCACAGCAGCAUGUAGAGCAGACCUUGCUGGUGGACGGCGUGCUGCGACCCAGCAUGGGCAACUUCAAGUCCCGGAAGCCCAAGAUCCUGCUCAAGGCAGAGAGCGGGAGGAGCCACGGAGAAAGUCAGGAGACAGAGCAUGUGGUACCCAGCCAGCCAGAGUGUCGGGGGAGAACAGGAACGCAAGUCCACGAGAGUCCACAAAAUCACCCUUUCAGGUGCCAAGAAACAGUGCGAGUUCAACAAAGAAUUGACCAGAGGGCUACCAUUUGGUCAAAGGACACUUUUGAGACUCGGCAAGAGUUAAAUGAGGAAGAAGCUGCUCAGGUGCAUGGACUCAAGGACCCAGACCCAGUGUCGACCCAGAGUGUGCUUGCAGAAGGCGCAGAUGUUGCAGACCCUGCACCAGCCCACAAAGAUGGGCAGAAUGAAGCAGACAGUGCACCAGAAGACCUCCAGUCUGUCGGGACUAGCAGGCUUCUCUAUCACAUCACUGACGGUGAUAACCCACUGCUGUCACCACGAUGCUCCAUCUUCAGCCAAAGCCAGAGAUUCAACUUAGACCCUGAAUCAGCCCCUUCUCCACCCAGCACUCAGCAGUUUAUGAUGCCACGAAGUUCUUCACGGUGUGGCUGUGGUGAUGGCAAGGAGCCACAGACCAUUACCCAGCUCACCAAGCACAUCCAGAGCCUCAAGCGAAAAAUUAGGAAAUUUGAAGAAAAAUUUGAACAAGAAAAGAAAUACCGGCCUUCACAUGGUGACAAGACUUCUAAUCCUGAAGUCCUGAAAUGGAUGAAUGAUUUGGCUAAAGGUCGUAAACAACUUAAAGAACUAAAGCUGAAAUUGUCAGAAGAACAAGGGAGUGCUCCCAAAGACCCACCUAGAAACCUGUCCUGUGAGCAACCUGCAGUCCCCAGAGAGAAUGGGAAGCCAGAAGCUGUGGGCCCUGAGCCAAGCUCCUCUGGAGAGGACACUCCUGAUACUGUGCUGACAUGCCUAAAGGAGAAGACAGAGCAACUUGCUGCUCAGGAGGAUUCUAAGGUAGCUAAGCAAGACAAGAACCUCAUAAAGCCUCUUUAUGACCGAUACAGAAUUAUCAAGCAAAUCUUGUCAACACCUUCCCUUAUUCCAACAAUUCAGGAGGAAGAAGACUCUGAUGAAGACUGUCCACAGGGAAGCCAACAACCUUCUCUGCCAGAUCCAGCAUCUCACCUGCCUAUUGGCGACCACCUCACCUUCUCUAAUGAGACGGAACCUAUUAGGGUCCUGCUGUCAGAUGAAAAAAAAGAAGCCAAACAACCAGCCCUAUCCAUGUCCAAUUUACAUGAGGCCACUAUGCCUGUACUUCUUGACCAUCUCCGAGAAACUAGGGCUGACAAGAAGAGACUUCGGAAAGCCUUAAGAGAAUUUGAAGAACAAUUUUUUAAACAAACGGGAAGAAGUCCACAAAAGGAAGAUAGGAUACCGAUGGCAGAUGAGUACUAUGAAUACAAGCACAUAAAAGCCAAACUGAGACUAUUAGAGGUCCUCAUCAGCAAGCAAGAUGUGGCCAAAACCAUAUGAGGUUCAGGAAAUAUUUGUGCUCACUUUCAACCAGGAUAAGGCCAAGUUUCUUUACCUCUGACAUUCUUGCUAAGUAGUUUUGACACACUGAGAAUCAAAGCACUUUAGUGGUAGUAUUAGCUGUUCUUAAGAAGGGAUGGCAAGUGUAAUUAUAAAUGAGGAUGGAAGAGUUAAAUGGGGGAAAUAUACUAACAAUAUAAUUGGAAAAAUUGCUCCAUGCCAAGGAGAAAACACAUGGUCAGUAUAAUUAUUUCAAAAACCAUCUUAAUAUUUUAUCAAAUCUAAAUAAUACUUGUUCAGUGGGCCACUUGUUAGGAAAAGUCUAUUUUGUGUCCAAAAACUGCUUAUGUUAAAGUGUGGAAAAGAGCAUGAUUUUUAAAAAAUCAAUAAGGAGGAAAAGAAACUUUUCUUUUUAUGUAGGAAGGAAUAUGGCUAGUAAGAAUUUAAUAUAUUUAAAACUUCUAAUAGAUUUUUAAGUGAUAAAAAAAUCUACCUUGUCCCUUAAGUCUGCUAGGCUAUCAGUAAAGCAUACUAGAAUGUGUCACUGCUAAUUUUUUAUUUCUAUAUAAAAAUAGCAGAUUUUACCUGUUAUUUGAGAUUUUACAUUUCUGGUUACCAAAGUUCAUUCUGAUAGCAUGUACUUUGUGAAUUAACUUUGUCUAUAAUGACAGAUGUUUAUAUUAAAGUAAACUAUUGUAUUAAAAUUUAAAAAUAGGUAUUUUGGGAUAGAUUCGUGGUCUGCAGUAUAUAAUUCUAAUGUGAUCAUAGUUAUGAUUGCUAAUCUUUUUGUUUACUAUAAGAGUAUAUAACUAUUUUUCCAUUGGGAAUAUGCAUUUUUCUUAAUGUUCCAAAGUCUGUACUUUGUAUAGUCACAAAGCUUUCUCAUGAGUUGUAGGUAUUCUUCAUCUUGCACAAAAUUUGUAAAUUGCUGACACCUUGGAAAAGAAAGCUAAAUAUUUUAUUUGCUUCAUCAACUUUAGUGCAUAUGGUUUUGUGUUAUUUUGUAUUAAAACAUGCGUUUAUUAUUUUGCCUUUGUAAAAAUAAGAGGUCAACAUUUUCUCUCUUGUAACAACCAUGUUUGUAUUUUCUGUAAUGUUUUCUGUAAUGUUUAAGCAUGAUGUUGAACAAAUUCACAUUUUCAUAUAGUUUGGGUGGGAAGAAUAUUGACUUUCAGAAGUAGAGUAUUCCAGAGGCUUAUUGUUUUCUCUGUAUUUACUUGGUAUUUUAUAACUUUUAUGAAUCAGAAUGAUGUCCUUCAUAAAUUUGUUUAAUUGAAGUCAUCUACUUGUAACAGGAUAGAUACACAACUAUUUGAAGUUUACAAACUACAUCUUUGAUAAGGGAAAUGGUUUCAUGACAUGUAUACAAUUGCUAUUAAAAUGUAACUCUAUAUAUUCUA